GGUUACACCAGCUUUGUCCAGCCUGGCCUUGGACACUGCCGGGGAUGGGGCAUCCCCUGGGAAUUCCAUCCCAGCCCCUCACGAGAGCCAAGAUGUCCAAGGUGGCCAAGUACCGGCGCCAGGUCAGCGAGGACCCGGACAUCGACAACCUGCUGUCCACGCUGUCCCCGGAGGAGGUGGAGGAGCUGGAGAAGGAGCUGGAUGUGGUGGAUGCUGAAGGGAGCGGCCCCGGAGAGAAGGAGCGGGCGGAAAACUCCUCGCCCGGCCCCCAAAACUGCGAGGCUGAGCUGAACCACCACGGCAGGGAGCACAGGAGGGUCCUGCGCAGGGAGCAAGCCGUGGAUGAAACCAGGCUGAGCGAGAGCAAAGGAGACAAAACUGGAGAGGAAACGGGAAAGGAAACUCCCCCCAAAGACCCGGCCCGGAAAAGAGACACCAAAGACCCCAAAAAGGAGGAAAAUGUUCCGAAAACAGAGCCCAAAGGCAAAGCUGAGGCUGAGCCCAAGAGCAAAGAGAGCAAAGCCAUGAACGAUAAAGUGAAGGCCAUGGAGAAAAAGCUGAUGGGGAAGGACAAGAAGGAGGAAGAGAAGAGCUCAGCGCUGAGGAAGGAGGCAGGGAAGGAGAAAAGGGAGGAGGAGAAGGGCUCAGAUGUGAAGAAUAAGGACACAGGGAAGGAGAAAAAGGAGGAGGAGAAGAGCUCAGCAGCAAAGGAGGCAGGGAAGGACAAGAAGGAGGAAGAAAAGGUUUCAGCCUCCAAGAAGGACACGGGGAAGGACAAAAAGGAGGAGCAGAAGAGCUCAGGACCAAAGGGACAGGCAGGGAAAGACACGGGAGGGGAAGGGGAGAAAGACAAAGACAAAAAAGGAGAGAAGGGUUCAGCUGGGAAAACACCCAGGGGGGAGGAGAAGGAGAAGGAGAAGGAGAAGGAGAAGGAGAAGGAGAAGGAGAAGGAGAAGGAGAAGGAGAAGGAGAAGGAGAAGGAGAAGGAGAAGGAGAAGGAGAAGGAGAAGGAGAAGGAGAAGGAGAAGGAGAAGGAGAAGGAGAAGGAGAAGGAGAAGGAGAAGGAGAAGGAGAAGGAGAAGGAGAAGGAGAAGGCGGGACCCCCCAAGGCUGCAGAACCACCCAAGGACGACGAGGCCUCGAGCAUCUUCGACGAGCUGAUCGAGAAGGUGAAGAACAACGACGCCGAGGUGACCGAGGUGAACGUCAACAACUCGGACUGCAUCAACAACGAGACCCUGGUGCGCUUCACCGAGGCCCUGGAGUUCAACACCGUGGUCAAGGUGUUCGCCCUGGCCAACACCCGCGCCGACGACCACGUGGCCUUCGCCAUCUCCAUCAUGCUCAAGUCCAACAAGGCGCUGACCAGCAUCAACCUGGACUCCAACCACAUCACGGGCAAGGGCAUCCUGGCCAUCUUCCGCGCGCUGCUGCAGAACGACACGCUGACCGAGCUGCGCUUCCACAACCAGCGCCACAUCUGCGGCGGCAAGACCGAGAUGGAGAUCGCCAAGCUGCUCAAGGAGAACACCACCCUGCUCAAGCUGGGCUACCACUUCGAGCUGGCCGGGCCGCGCAUGACGGUCACCAACCUGCUGAGCCGCAACAUGGACCGGCAGCGCCAGCGGCGCCUGCAGCAGCAGCGGCUGGCGCAGGAGGUGGGCGACAAGAAGGACCCUCAGCAGGCGCCCAAGGCGGGGGCGCCGCCCAAGGGGGCCCCCCCCAAGGCGUCCCCGCAGCGGCCACAGGCCAAGGCGCCCCCCAAAAGCUCCCCCGAGAAAGGGGGGGGCCCCGCGGCGCCGCCCCCGCCGCCCCCGCCACUGGCACCGCCCCUGGCAAUCAACGAGGGCCUGAGGAACUCGCUGUCCCCCGCCAGCCAGAGGAAGCUGCCGGUGCAGGAGAAGAACUCGCGGGACCAGCUGCUGGCGGCCAUCCGAUCCAGCAACCUCAAACAGCUCAGGAAGGUGGAGCUGCCGAAGCUGCUGCAAUAGGGGCUGGGGGGGUGUCCCCCCACGGCCCCCGUGGACCCUCCCCGUCGUCGCUGGCCCGGAGAGCCCCGGGGGUCCCGCGGGGACGGCGGGACGAGCGGGGACCCCCGGGCAGGCGGGGCCGGGCCGGGCCCGGCGGGACUCGCCGCGGGACCGUCUAUUUAUUGUUGGGGACGCUCGGGGAGCCCCUCCGGCUCCUUCUCCUGCCCGGCAGCCCCCGGGGGUGCCACGGGCGGGGCUGACCCCGAGGGAACACCCCCCUGAGGGUGGGGGGGACCCCCCAGCCUUUUGGGGGCA